CAAAGCUUUAAAAAAAAAAAAGAAAAGAAAGAAAAAUGUUUCGGCGCUCCGCCAUUUCGGUUCUUCGUUCCUCCUCUCUCAUCUCGCACUCCUUAAACCCUAACCCUAAUCUCAAUCUCAUUCGCUCCGUUUCCACUUCCUCUGAUGGUGAGCUCCGCAAGUAUGCUGGAUAUUUUGUGCUUUUGCUCGGAUGUGGCGUUGCCACGUACUACUCCUUCCCCUUGCCGGAGAACGCGAAGCACAAGAAAGCUCAGAUUUUUCGCUAUGCCCCUCUCCCUGACGACCUCCAUACGGUCUCUAACUGGAGUGGCACCCAUGAGGUUAGUACCCGUACUUUUCUCCAGCCGGAGUCCCUCCGGGACCUCGAGGUUGUUGUGCGGGAUGCUCAUCAGAGCAAGCAGAAGAUCCGGCCUGUUGGAUCGGGACUUUCGCCGAAUGGGAUUGGACUCCAGAGGGCCGGGAUGAUCAAUCUGGCGCUUAUGGAUAAGGUUCUUGAAGUGGAUCGGGAGAAGAAGAGAGUGAGGGUUCAGGCUGGGAUUAGGGUUUCGCAGUUGGUUGAUGAAUUGAAGGAUCAUGGUCUCACGCUGCAGAAUUUUGCUUCCAUUCGAGAACAGCAGAUCGGCGGCAUCAUUCAGGUUGGUGCUCAUGGCACUGGUGCAAGUUUGCCACCCAUUGAUGAGCAAAUUGUCAGCAUGAAACUGGUUACCCCUGCUAAGGGAACAAUAGAGAUUUCGAAAGAGCAGAAUCCUGAACUUUUCUACUUAGCCCGCUGUGGUCUUGGUGGACUCGGCGUCGUGGCAGAAGUGACCAUUCAAUGUGUUGACAGACAUGAGCUUCUUGAGCACACAUUUGUUUCUCAUCUCAAAGAGAUCAGAAAGAAUCACAAGAGAUGGUUGGCUGAGAAUAUGCAUGUGAAAUACUUGUGGAUUCCAUAUACUGACACAAUUGUAGUAGUUCAAUGCAAUCCUCUUUCGAAUUGGAGAAAUCCACCAAAGUUCAAACCAAAAUAUAGUGAGGAUGAGGCAGUGCAGCAUGUUCGUGAUCUUUAUCGUGAUUCUCUUCGGAAAUACAGAGCUGAGGAAAGUGCUGACAUAAAUCAACUUUCUUUCACCGAGCUGAGGGAUAAACUUAUUGCACUUGAUCCUCUGAACAAAGACCAUAUAAUCAAAGUUAACCAAGCUGAAGCUGAAUUUUGGAGAAAGUCAGAGGGAUAUCGAGUUGGUUGGAGUGAUGAAAUAUUGGGUUUUGAUUGUGGUGGGCAACAAUGGGUCUCAGAGACCUGUUUCCCAUCUGGAACUCUUGCAAAGCCUAGCAUGAGGGAUCUAGACUACAUGGAGGAGCUGAAACAGCUCAUAGAAACUGAAGGAAUACCAGCACCAGCUCCAAUAGAGCAGAGAUGGACAGCUCGCAGCUUGAGCACCAUGAGUCCUGCUUCAAGCCCAAGGGCAGAUGAUAUAUUCUCAUGGGUAGGCAUCAUCAUGUAUCUGCCAACAACAGAUGCUCGCCAAAGGAAAGACAUAACAGAAGAAUUCUUCCAUUACAGACAUUUGGCACAGUCUAAACUCUGGGAUGAAUAUUCCGCUUAUGAACAUUGGGCCAAAAUUGAGGUUCCAAAGGACAAGGAUAUAUUAUCUGCCCUUCAAGAAAGACUAAGAAAGCGGUUUCCGGUUGAUGAUUACAACAAAGCACGCCAAGAACUGGAUCCAAACAAGAUCCUUUCAAAUAGAGUGCUGGAGAAGCUGUUUCCAUCCCAAGAAACAACUACAAAUUAAUCUCCUUCAGAAGCUCUACUACUCUUGGUUCUUACAGUAUGUUAUUGUGUUCUAGCUGGAUAUACUGAGAGGGCUUCAAUUUAGAAUGAGUUGGAUUGAAAUAAGAUCCUUUUCUCUUUGCCCCAAGUUACAUUCUAAACUUUGUUGGUGAAGGAUCGUUUUGGCCGGGAUGAUCUUUGUGAACAAUAAAGUUCAGUCUUAGAUGGUACUUAAGUCUAUCAUCUUCUCA